AUGCCAGUAACAGCCGAAUUGAAAGUAGCAGAUCAGCCAGAGCAUCUUCCACCAUGGUUAAAAUGUGCAGAUGAUGAAAAUGAUCAACCGAAAAAGAGAACAUCAAGAAUUCGUGGUUCAUUUGUCUGCACUAACUGUAAUAGGUUGUAUAUAAGGAAGGAUUCCUUGCAAAGACAUUUGACGUACGAAUGUGGAAAAGAGCCACAGUUUCCUUGUCCAUUCUGUGAUCAAAAGAGUAAACGAAGGUCACACCAAUUGAGGCACAUCAAAAGGAGGCAUCAGGAUAAGCUGGGGAUACUGCAGGAGAAUAAUCCUGAGCUCUUCAUUAAACUUGAGGAAAGCACAUAAAAUGACUGACUUUUUUCAUACAUAACUACAGAUAUUUUUUAUAUGCUAUGCUAACUUUUGAAUAUUUUUUAUUGCUGACUCGGCUGCUUAGGAAAAAACUUUUCUGCGACGGUCAAGGUUAUAACCUUCAAAGCUGUGACCUAAUAAUUCAUUCAAAGAUUGUUAUUGAAAGCGAAACAUGGUACGAAUAUAAAUGAUGUAAAUAUGUGUUGAAUUGAUUGAUCUCAAAUCCUGCAAGCUUUAGAGCGAUAUUCCUUUUUCAUGAUAGCUUCAUUUCAGCCACAAAUGCUCAGUAGAAUAGUUUAUGUUUCAAAGUGUUUAGAUUUAAGUUUUACAAUUUUUUUGGGUGAUGAUAAGAAGCACACAUCAGAUGCCUUUAACCAAAUUGUACAAUUGUUAUACUUGAUAAAACAGGUACAUCCACGGGAAACAGUAUUUACCAAAACUUGCUUGGUAACUGGUCCUAAGUUUCAACUCAAGCUGAAUUGUCACAUUGCGUACUUGAAAAAAUGUGAGGCUAUUGACUUAGCGUAAUGACAUGGAUGUCAUCUUAAGUGGUUCCUAUUUAUAUAUAAACUUCUUGUUAAACAAAUAAUAUCAAGGUGUCUUUCACUAUGACUAAUUCUUUAAUCUAGUGGCAAAAAUUGUAUAAUAAUAUCUUCAGUAUUGAUGAUUCUUUUUGAGAUUAAUUUUUUUUGAAGCUCAACAUGUUUAGUUCUGGCUACUUGUAU